AUGACCCGUUCUCUCCUAGACCUACCUCCGGAGCUGCUAUCUCAGAUACUCGAGUCAUUGCCUGUUCAAGCUCUACUUAGAUUUUCUCAAACGUCUCGACUUGCUCGCACCCUCGCCAACUCGAAUCUCCAUACCCUGAACCUGGCGAUCAAACCAAUUUGCGGUCGUGCAGCCAAUGACUAUUGUGAACAGAGAAACUGCAUACGCAUACCAGAUGCCAGUACAUACGACUAUGGUGUGCUCCUGCAGUUCCACAACGCACUCCUGGUCAGCGUAGUAACGAGGCAUGCGGUUAUGCUGCGCACAUUGGACCUCUCACUAUGGACGCUUACAACGCCAAUCGCGGAAGUCAUCUCGACGCUGUUUGCACUACGAGACCUGUCGAUCAAGGUUGAGGAUGACCUGUAUGCCCGAUCAGUGCCUCGAAGCUCUAUAGCACUGGAAAAGAAGGAGCAGAAUAAAGCCUGGGAUCUUCUUGGACUUGGUGCGGUCUGGAAACCUCGUCUUCGAAGAUUCAAGAUACAGAACGCAGAUUUGACCACUGCGCAACUGAGAAAGCUGCUUGAACAUAGUCGCUAUUGCGAGGAGAUUUGGCUUGGUGGCUGCAGGUUCAUCGACAAAGACGUCUGGGUCUUCCUAGGACAUGAGUGGGAAGGCCGCUCGACAUUGCAACGGUUGCAUGUGGCGCACUGCGGAUUCUUAAUCGAAGAGAAAAGUCUAGAGGCUAUUAGUGGACUGACGGGUUUGCAAAGUCUCAACAUUCAAGGCUGCCAUGCUCAGGGCGACGGUGUUGUCGAACACUGGAACCAACAAGUCUGGCACAUACCCUACCUCAUACCACCGAAACACGUCGAUGACCCGCACGAUUCGGCUAUUGAGGUCGACCCGGAUUAUCUCUGA